AUAUAUAUGGUUUGGGACUCAACAGAGGUUUCUCCGAUGGAAAGCAAAUAAGUCAUCAACCAUAGACUAAACACCACACCACCAGACUCCCACUUAAAAAUGGCUGCCAAUUUCUGGACCUCCUCUCACUACAAGCAGCUUUUUGACCAAGAAGAAGUGGAUGUGGUGCACCCACUAGACAAAGAAAAGGGCAUAACUCUUGAAGAUUUCAAGAUCAUUAAGACGCAGAUGACAAUCUAUAUAGGCAUUUUGGCUCAACAAGUUAAAGUGAGGCAAAGGGUUGUCGCUACUGCAGUUGCAUAUAUGAGGCGUGUAUAUACCAGAAAGAGCAUGUCAGAAUACGAUCCACGUCUUGCAGCCCCAACUUGCUUGUAUUUGGCAUCAAAAGCAGAAGAGAGCACAGUUCAAGCCAGAGUUCUUUCAUUUUACAUAAAAAAAUUAUAUUCUGAUGACAAGUAUAGAUAUGAGAUCAAAGAGAUACUUGAGAUGGAAAUGAAGAUUUUGGAAGCUCUUAACUUUUAUCUAGUUGUAUUUCAUCCUUAUCGUUCAUUGCCUCAAUUUUUGCAGGAUGCUGGCAUAAAUGAUAUAAACUUGACUCAAUUGACAUGGGGACUUGUCAACGACACGUACAAGAUGGAUUUGAUUCUUGUACAUCCCCCACAUAUUAUUGCUUUAGCCUGCAUGUACAUUGCUAGCGUGUAUAGAGAAAAAGAUUCGACAGCAUGGUUUGAAGAGCUCAGUGUAGAUAUGAAUGUGGUGAAAAAUAUUUCAAUGGAGAUGUUAUUUUUUUAUGAAAGCCAUAGAUUGAUUACAGAGGAGAGAAUUAAUGCUGCUUUCAACAAACUGAAACCGUAAAUGGUUUGGCGAUCCCUAAUCCUCAACUCAAAAGGAGAACUCCUGUCAAAUGCCAUGGAAUCUAUGUAAAGAAAUUGUUUAGCCCUCGUCAAGAGCCCGGUUCCUUUGGAUUGUGUAGUUAGGAUAAUUAGCCUUUGUAUUCACUCGAGAUUUUCUUUGGUGUGUAUAAUCUGGAAAUUCCAUGCGCCUGCCCGCAUGAUACCUGUAUGUGUUUCAAAUUAAUGAGAGCUAAAAGCUUCAAAACUGAUACUGAGUGU